AUGAAUCCGCCUGCAUUCAGAGUCAUUGUCGUGGGUGGAGGCCCGGUCGGUUUGACAGCCGCGCACGCGCUCUCACGGGCAAACCUUGACUUCGUCGUGCUCGAGCGCCGCGCUAAUAUGGUUGAAGAUGCUGGCUCCAAUCUCGUCCUGCUCCCUAUAGGAUUGCGUGUGUUGGGCCAGCUCGGCUUGCUCCCAACCGUCGAGAGCAUUAGUUCACCGAUGAGCCGUUUCAAACGGAUUGAUCACCACGGACGCGAUCUCGGCGACACCCUGUGGUUUACAUAUUUCAAGGAGAACCACGGCGCAUACCCCCGCGUGGUAAGCCGACAUGAUCUGAUGCAGACAUUACACGACGGUCUCCCGUCGGAGGCGCAGGCCAAGCUACUUCCCAACAAGAAAGUGACAGACGUCUCUGCCUGCCCUGACGGUGUUACCGUGACUUGUGCAGACGGCACUUCGUAUACCGGAUCCGUGGUUGUCGGCGCCGACGGCGCCCAUAGCAGAAUGAGGGAUUUGAUGCGGGCGUCGGCCUUGCAGACACCAUCCACUACUGAAGGUGAAGUCAAUGAAGCGAAGCCGUUUGUCACCACUUACCGAGCGAUGUGGGUCCGCUUUCCAACAUUGCCUCCCAUCAAAGCCGGGGAUGCUAACGAAACACACGGCUACGAUUGUACUCUCCAGCUGUUUGCCGGCGAGAAAACCUCGGUUAUUGGCGUGUACGAGCGCAUGGAGAAGCCGACGCGGGACGGAGUGCGGUACAACCAAACGGACGAGGAGGAGUUUGUAGACAGAUGGGGACACCUACCUAUCAUUGAGGGCGGGUUGACAAUUAAGGAUGCUUAUACCAAUCGGACCCAGGCCGGGAUGGUGAAUCUCGAGGAGGGCGUCGUGAAGCAUUGGAGCUGGGACCGUAUCGUUCUCGUCGGCGACGCGGCGCAUAAGUUCACACCAAGCACCGGCGCCGGUUGUAACAAUGGCAUUGUCGACGUUGUCGCACUAGCUAAUGAGCUGUAUCACGCCUUCAAGGCUAUCCGGGCCUCUGAUCCGGAUGCUUCUCCGACCAAGGAACAGAUCUUGGCUGCGUUUGACGGCUACCAACAUGCGCGCUUCGAUACAGUCAAGGCAGGCCUCGCUGGUGCAAGCCAAGCCACUGGAGCGGCUACGUGGUCGGACGCAACUCACAAAUUUGUGGACCGCCAUAUUCUCUCAAAGCAAUCUCUUCAGAAGUUUUUUUCGAAUCGCAGUGCACCGGCGCUAGCUCGCACACCUGUCUUCGAGUAUGUACAGGGUGAGGAGCAGAUGGUUGGGAAGUUUCCAUGGGCUCAUCCCAUCAAGCAGGCGUCGACUUAG